GUUGGUUUCUACUAUAUUUGUACUGGCUCUGCCCCACGUGUGGCUACGUGGGUGGCUCGUUGUCUAUCCUGUGUUCUGGAUGGAUCUAACAUGGUGCCGUAACCCCGUUGAGCGCUUCGGGGCUUCUUCUCUCCCUACGCUAUUCCAGACGACGCGACGCAGCUGGGCUUCGUCGCGGCGGCUUCUCCAUUGGGAG